CAGCCGGCGUGGGCCACAGCGUGACUAAGACCCAGGCAGCGGCGUGGCGCAGCUGUCGUCACCCGCCACUCCCGUCAAAAGUUGUGGCCUGACAGCUGGACGCCGCUGCUCACCGAGUCGUCAGGCAUCAACUCGCUGCCAGCCUCGCUGCCCCACACCAUUGACGACAGCUUCGUGAGCUGCUGCAGCCCCGCCAGUGACGAGCGCAUCCCAACUGUCGGCGCCGAACUCGAAUAUUCCCUCCACCGAGCAGCUUCACUGUGCGGCCUCGCCCUACGCUGUUCAAGAUGCCGGCAUACAACUCCGUUUUCAACUCCGACCCCAACGUCCCCCGCCUGGUCGGCAACUUCCCCCUCCUCCCGCUCCGCACCAAGACCCGCGGCCCUGCCUACGCCCUCCCGGCCUCCUCCCCGCCGCUCCCGGCCCACGAGUCGCCCGACCCGGACAGCGAGAGCUAUGACAUCCUCGACGAGGUGCUCGCCCUCUUCCGCGCCAACACCUUUUUCCGCAACUUUGAGAUCCAGGGUCCCGCCGACCGUCUCCUAGUCUACGGCAUCUGGUUCGUCAGCGACUGCCUGACCAAGAUCCGACCCCAAGCUUCCGCCCGCGAUGCUCAGAAGGAUGUCAUGAACCUCGCCCUGGACCUCAACUUUUCCAUCCCCGGCGACCCCGGCUGGCCCCUUAACCAGAUGUACGAGCCCCCUCGGGACAGGCAAGACGCCGAGCAGCUCAAGCAGUACAUGUCGCAGGUCCGACAAGAACUGGCUGUCCGAUUACUGGCGAGGGUGUACGAGGAGAGUGACGCCAAGCCCAGCAAGUGGUGGCUCAGCUUCACCAAGAGAAAGUUCAUGGGCAAGUCGCUGUAGACGGGAGGGAGGCGAAAUUAGAAGGCUACAACGAUGCCAAUGUUGAAGAGCUGGCAUAAAAGACACAUUUUUUUCAUUCAAGGUCCACUUUGGUUUUUGGUCAUCUUUCCAAGCUUCUAGGAACGGAGUCGGCGCAGGUCCUGUUCUAUUCAGGGGUAUCAUGGUGUGGUGUCCUGACUAACUGUACACAUGUCCAAGAGAGUCGCUCU